UGAGACUGCGGUCUCCUUCUGUGGUCUAAAAAUUCCGGCUUUUACCUCUUUUUUAGUGACAAGACCGGGGCACUCUCAGGGGGGCGCGGGUGAUCGGUUGCUGGGCCUGGGGUUCUUCUUCCUUGAUGAGGGCGGAGGGAAGCUUGGCCUCGGACAGGGAAUUGGCGUCCGAGAGGAGCAGACCGUCGUCUGAGAGGAGCACGAAGCGCCAAAGGAGUUCGGAAUCGAUGACGACGCGAGUCCAGAUGUUGUUCGAGACCUGCAGGGAGGUGUUUGCCGACGGCCAGGCUGGUAACGUGCCGUCGCCGGAGGACGUCGAUCGGCUCCGUUUCGUUCUUGAUAACAUGAAUGCAUUAGAUGUUGGUUUAGCUGAAAGCAUGCCAUAUUUUCGAAAUAUCGAGUCCGGGGGAACUCCUCCUCGAAUAACAUACCUACACCUUUGCGAGUGUGAUAACUUUUCGAUUGGUAUCUUCUGUUUUCCUCCAUCUGGUGUCAUUCCACUUCAUAAUCACCCAGGCAUGACUGUAUUUAGCAAGCUUCUUUUUGGCUCCCUGCACAUCAAGUCGUAUGACUGGGUUGACAUUCCUCAGGAUUCCAACUAUGCCAUCAUUCCUGCACACUCAGUUCAACCCCCAGGAGUGCGUUUGGCCAAGGUAAAGACCGAUGCCAUCUUUACAGCACCAUGCGAGACCUCCGUACUUUAUCCAGCAGAUGGAGGCAAUAUGCACCGUUUCAGUGCAAGGACAUCUUGUGCAGUGUUGGAUGUUCUCGGUCCUCCUUAUUCCGACUCCGAAGGAAGGCCCUGCACGUAUUACAAUGAUUUUCCUCUUGCAACUUUCCCUGCAGCUGCCGUUGUGGCGCCUGGUGAGGAUGAGGACUACGCUUGGCUGGAAGAGAGAGAGAAACCGGAUGACUUCAUUGUAGUGGGGGCAAGAUAUAGGGGCCCGAGAAUAGUGGAGAGCUAAUUAAAAUGAGUCAUCUUAGUUCUCAGUUCUUGGAGGACCUAUUAGGUAGACCUAUUUUACCGUAAGCAAAGUUUUUUGUGGUAUUGUCUAUCCACUGCAAUAUUGGUUCUUGAACCAGUUCACCUAGGCUGGCUUUUUUUUUUUUUUUUUUAAUACUUUUCAUCUGUUUUGUUUCUGAGCAUUUUCUUCUUAUCCAAUGGGAGCUCAUUUGUUUUCGGACAAUGAUAUGGUCCAAGCGUUGGGUGUUGUGCGGGACCUGGUUUGCUCUAGUGUUGGGGGCUUAUUUUAUGAUUCUAAUCCACUUGCAAUAUUGUUUUUGUCGUUGCCUGGUCCCUGGAAUUCCUGUGGAACAAUGAAAAGAUUUCGGUUGACCGAGAGCAGAGUCCCUUUGUUUCA